AAUCGAUCGAUUUUUAUGUGCGUGCUUAUACACACGGGACACACGGGACACACAACCGACGGCAUUUUGUGGAAUAACGCACCCAGAGUCGUAGCCUCUCUACACUCGAUGCAGGAUUUGUUUGACGCGUGUGGGUGCAAGUUUCAUUCAUGAUUUUCCCGCAAAUCGAUCUUUUUUUUUUUCUGUUGGUAUUUUUUUUGUCACGACUUUUUAGAUGCAUGCUUUGUUUGCUCGUUUAUGUGUGAAUUACAGCUGCAGAUAAAGAUACAUCUGUUAGAUACAAAUUCAUGUGUUCAUAUGUACUGUAGAUAAGUUAACUGUAUGCAAGCAUAACUGAGUGACUUGCCACAGAUACAACGAUAUGCGCAUAUUUGCUCGUUACUGUAUUCUAUCUGCAACCAAAGCAUCGUAAAUAUUCGCGAGAUUUACAACGCGAAUUACUCGCAUUUUUUAGCAGCGAAUUGAAUUGCAAUUCGUUAGCGUAUCCGUGCGCUUCGUUGCAGUUUCUUUUUUCUUCCGCGGUAUUGUCGGUGUUGUUAUCGCUGCCAGCGUCACUCCGGCUACCAGCGCAAUUGCACGCCGCCAUAAGAUAUCGAAACUGUGUUGGUUGCAAUUCUAUUCCCAAUUGACGCACGGCAUUCAAAACAUUUUUGCGGACAAACAAUAAUUUCAGUGUCUUGUGCAAAAAAAAAAAACAAAAAAAUAGAAAAAAAUUUAAAUACAAAAAAAUGUUCAAGAUAAGAAAAGUUCAAAGCAAUUGUGAAAUGUAAAAAAAAGUCAUUGCUAUUGUUAUUGUUGAGAUACGCCAAAAAGAUAGUGCCACUUAGUAGCACACAUUGAAGUGCUUCACUGGCUCAAUGCGUCUGUGCUUUUGUGCUUCCGCGCUGCAUUUGUGAACGAAACGAAACAUUUUCCGACAAUUCAAUUGUUCUAUUAAUGCUAGUUUAUUUUUCGUCCGGUUUAUGCACUGCGUCGCGCAUCAAAUUUAAUUAACACAUUUGACACUUGAUAUAUUGAUCCUGUGAAAGCACUUUACCGCCAUGUUGGUACCGGCGGAUAUGAUGGCCGCUCAAGCGCGCAUGAUUUUCCAAAUGAAUCGCUACUGUGCGGAACGUGUGCAAGCGCGUAUGUUCAAAACGGCCACCGCCAUACGUGAGAUAUGCAAAAUAGUCCAGGACAUACUCAAGGAAGUCGAAUUGCAAGAACCCCGAUUUAUAUCCAGUUUAGUGGAGUGUAAUGGCAGAUUCGAAGGUGUUGAGGUUGUUUCGCCGAACGAGAUUGAAAUUGUUUUGUAUUUAAAUCAGAUGGGCGUUUUUAAUUUUGUUGAUGAUGGCACGAUGCCCGGUUGUGCCGUACUUAAGUUAAGCGACGGACGUAAACGUUCAAUGUCACUUUGGGUGGAAUUCAUUACAGCAUCGGGAUAUUUGUCAUCACGUAAGAUCCGUGCACGUUUCCAAACGCUGGUGGCACAAGCUUGCGAUAAAAGCAUUUACCGUGACAUGGUGAAGAUGAUCGGUGACACGACAGAAGUUAAAUUGCGCGUACGUGAACGUUUCGUGGUACAAAUAACGCCAGCGUUCAAAUGUUCAGGCAUCUGGCCACGUUCAGCUGCGCAUUGGCCACUGCCGCACAUACCAUGGCCACAUCCAAAUAUUGUUGCCGAAGUGAAGACAGAAGGAUUCGAUCUAUUGUCGAAGGAGAGCAUCAUUUUGCAAAAUAAGAAUAAUAAUGCAGCCAGCAUGGAGGGCGAUGCUUGGGUAUUGAGUUUCUUUGAAGCUGAAAAUCGUUUGUUGCAAGGUGGCUGCCGGCGUCGUUGUUUAAGUAUUUUAAAGACACUUAGAGAUCGUCACCUUGAUCUGCCCGGCAAUCCAAUCACAGCUUAUCACUUGAAGAAUCUCUUGCUUUAUGAAUGUGAGAAACAUCCGCGUGACUAUGAAUGGGAAGAGGCAUCCAUAGCUGAUCGUCUUAAUGGCAUCUUCUUGCAAUUAAUCUCAUGUUUACAAUACCGUCGUUGUCCACACUAUUUUCUGCCAAGUUUAGAUAUGUUUAAAGGUAAAUCUCCAAGCGCACUGGAACAGGCUGCGAAGCAAGUUUGGCGUUUAACACGCGAAAUGCUGACCAAUGCAAAUGCAUUUGAAAAAUUGUAAAAUUAAAGAAGUUCUAUAAAACCAAAAUAUUUCUUUAAAAAAAAAAUAUGAAAAAAUUCAAAAAAUACUAAAGAAAAUUAGCCGAACAAUGUGUGGAGUGUAACUGAAGGUGCUGUUCAAUGUUUGUUUUUUAGAUAACAAAUUUUUUUUUUUUUAAUAAUUUUUUUUCCUUUUUUUCUAAUUGUUUACUAACAAUGAAGAUUUAGUUAGCAGGAUAUUUUGAUAAGGAUAUAUAAGAGUAUACGCGCCAGCGUGGCUGUUAAAAGCCGUUGCAUACAAGCCAGAUGCAAGUAAUCUGAACAUGAGUAAGAUUAAAUGUGAAAAAAAGAUUAAAAAAUAUAAAUGCCAACAAAAACUGUAAAAGAUGUGCGAAAAGACACAAAAAACUUCAAAUUAUUAAUAGCAAAAAAUUGAGAUUUUUAUUCUGAUAUGAAAAAUACUCAUAUGAAAUACACAAAAAAAAAAACCAUAAUCCUUAUAUCGCUAGUAAUAACAUAAGUAAAGGAUCAAAUGAGAUACAAAAAUAUACAACAAAAAAAAAAAAUUUAAACAAAAUGUUAUAAGAAAAUUCAGACAUAAAUAAAUAAUAAUUCAUAUGAUAUAAAAAAAUUAAACGGAAUGUCAAGAAGUAAUUAAUUCUAACUUCUUCAAAUUUUGAUUUAAGAUCACGGGCAUUACCUUGGUUUUUUUCAUAUUAAAAUUUAUUAAU